AUGGAAGAAAGGAAUCGAAAGGUCGCCGAAGCUUAUGAAAAAUUUAAAAUAAAUCAAUGGAGCAACGGUGGAAGCAUAACGUGCGCACAAGUUGCCACGAACGUGGUGGAGCAAAAGCAUCAAGUAUCAAGAGCUAAGAGGAGUAAGGCACUUGGAAGCCGUGCUUUCAGAGGCAGCACCGUUUGGUUCACCGGCCUGAGCGGCGCGGGGAAGACCAGCAUAGCCUUCGCUCUUGAGGCGUACUUAGUCUCCAAAGGUAUUCCAGCAUACGGUCUCGAUGGCGACAACAUCCGGACGGGACUUAACAAGAACCUGGGUUUUAGCAAGGAGGAUCGCGAGGAGAACAUCCGGCGAGUGGCUGAAGUGGCAAAACUCUUUGCGGACAGUGGGGUUGUUUGUCUUUGCAGUUUUGUGUCUCCUUUUGCAGAGGACCGUGAAAUAGCUCGUCGCAUUCAUACAGACUCGCAACUACCCUUCUUUGAAGUUUUCAUCGACACUCCGCUGGAAGUCUGUGAACAGAGAGACACGAAAGGCCUGUACAAGAAGGCCAGAGAAGGGCAAAUAAAGGGGUUCACCGGCAUAACUCAAGAUUAUGAGCGACCUGAAGCGCCCGAGUUAGUAAUUCAAACAGUGGGCCAGACUAUCGAAGAAUCAACUAUGGAGGUGAUUCGGUUACUCGAAUCUCAGGGCAUUAUCCCAAUUUUCAGUUCUCAAACCAAUAACCAGGGCGUUGAAGAGCUUUUUAUCUACGGAAAUAGACUAACCAGUGCAAUGGAAGAGGCUGCCACUUUGCCGGAGAUAGAGCUCACAGACCUCGAUCUACAGUGGGUUCAGGUUCUUUCCGAGGGCUGGGCGUAUCCACUCAAAGGAUUCAUGCGAGAAACUGAAUAUUUACAAGCGCUGCACUCGAACUGCAUGACGACUGCGGACGGGCGGCUGGUGAACCAAUCGGUGCCGGUGGUGCUGGCGGUGAGCAACGCCGAUAAGGAGCGGCUGGCGGGCGCAAGCGCGCUGGCGCUGCGCCACUCGGGCCGCUGCGUCGCCGUGCUGCGCGCGCCCGAGUUCUACCCGCACAGGAAGCCCGAGCGCUGCGCACGCCAGUUCGGCAUCUACCACACCGGACACCCCUACAUCAAGAUGAUCGAGGAAUCGGGUGACUGGCUGGUGGGUGGCAACUUGGAAGUGUUCGAACGCAUCCGUUGGAACGAUGGAUUGGACUCUUACCGUCUCACACCAAACGAAUUGCGACAGAAGUUCCAAGAAAUUGGCGCCGACGCCGUCUUUGCUUUCCAACUUCGCAACCCGAUUCACAACGGACACGCUCUACUGAUGCAAGACACGCAACGUCAGCUCAUCGAGAGGGGAUUUAAGAAACCUGUACUCCUGUUACACCCGCUUGGUGGGUGGACGAAAGACGACGACGUUCCUUUAGAAGUGAGGAUAAACCAACACAAAGCCGUGUUGAACGAGGGCGUGCUUGAUCCUAAAUCAACCGUCUUGGCGAUAUUCCCCUCGCCAAUGAUGUAUGCCGGGCCAACUGAGGUGCAAUGGCACGCGAAGUGCCGCAUGAACGCGGGCGCCAACCACUACAUCGUGGGGCGCGACCCGGCCGGCCUGCCGCACCCCGCGCGCGCCGGCGACCUGUACGACCCGCGCCACGGCGCCAUGCUGCUCAAGGUGGCGCCGGGACUCAACGACUUGGAGAUCAUCCCGUUCCGCGUGGCUGCGUACGACACAUCAGUAGGCAAGAUGGCCUUCUUCGAUCCCACGCGAAAAGAGGACUUCGAUUUCAUAUCGGGGACGAGGAUGCGAGGUCUCGCCAAAGCCGGUAAGGAACCGCCAAAAGGAUUUAUGGCGCCAACUGCAUGGAAAAUACUUUCCGAGUAUUAUCAAUCGCUGAAAUCGAAAAUGGACACGAAUUAG